AUGUCACCUGAUUCAAAGGCGAACAGGCUACUUCAUACUAAAUCUUAUCCUAGUUUUUACGAUAUAUUUGGCGAUACGUCGUAUACUAAUUUGAUUCACAACAAGGGCAUCACCAAACCGAGAGGUAAUUCAGUGUUUCAAGCUGCAGGCGGGGAGUCAUUGGGUUGCGAUUACCUAAUGUCCAAAAGUACAAAUUACGUUACUAGUGAACAAUACAACAGACUUAUUCAAGAAAGCACCUGCAAAAAUAUAGCGCCUUCUACAAGUACUAUUUUUUAUGAUUUGGAUGAAAUUGCUAAAAGACACUCAUUUCAUUGCCUUACUGAACUUAGUAUAUCAAAUUCCAAUUUAAUAAAAAUGACACGCAUGGCACCAUCCCAUCGCGUUAGGAGAAAAAUCUGAAUCGAUUAGUCAAGCAUAUGCAACUCAAAUGCACACAAUACCACGUGAUAGUAAAGAAUUGAAUCCCAAGAGAGUAAAGAAAAAAUCUUCACAAAUUUCUUCUGAAAUGGCAUCGUUAAAAGAAGAUGAAAAAAUACACGAUUUUAACAAAUAUUAUCACAAUAAUAAUUUGCCUGAGAGACCUCAAAAAUUUUGGUCUUUUGCAAAAUAUCGUACAGAAUACACGAAUCCUAUACAAGAAGAAAAACGGUUGAGAAAGAAGGACAGAGGAAAACAUGCAGAGGACCCGUGUCCAUGUCAAUUGUUUUCUUAUACAUGUUCUUGUAAUGAUAAAAAAUCUCUUUCCGAGCUAGUAAAUGUCAGUAAGUCUUUAAUAAAUGUUAUGGACCAGAUUACAAGUACUAGUAAAAUUGUAGAAGAUAGCAAAGUUAACAAGACAAAAAAGGUUAAACGAGAACUUGUAAGAGAAGAUAAGCCGACUAACACUAGUAAAGUACAAAUGAUUGAAGUCAUUGUUCCUAAUGAAAAGAAAGGCUCGGCAAUGAAUGCUGCAUGUAACAAUGAAAUACCUAUUUUAAGUGAUAAGAGUAGCGAUGAAAAACAUGCGAAAGAUAAAAUCAAAUCUCGAAAAAUGUCUCGAAAGGUAUUAUGCCCAAAUUGCAAAGAAAAAGUUGAUGUAGUAAUCAGUAUAAGUACUACAGAAGAAGAGACAAGUCUAAAAUAUAAACAUUCUUCAAUAUAUCGCUCUAAAGAAAUACCAUCAACCACAGCAUAUGCUUGCAGAGCUUCACCGAAUGGUCCAACAGUCAAGAAUAUAGAUAAUAGUGAUUUAUGCUUACACGAGCCUCCUUGUGAACUAGUGCCAGUCUGUCAAAUACUACCAACUGAUAAUAAUUUUUAUAACGGAAAUCAUAAAAAACAUUCUGCUCCUAAAUCGACACCUCGUGUCAUAAGAAUAACGAAAGCUUGCAGGCAUCAUCCACCUUGUACUGUGGUUCCAUCCUGCCAGAGAGCUAAUGUUUUGAAAAAUAAUUGCGAAUAUAUUCCUCCUUGUUUACAUCGACCUCGUUGCGUAAAUUUGCCUUUAUGCGCACCUUUUUCAAAAAGUUUACAUUACGAAGAAACCACAAAUAAAGGUGAAGACGGCAUAGAUGUAUCUGACUGUCCACAUGUCCCUAAAUGCAAAUAUAUUCCAGUUUGUGAACACGACUCAAUUACGAAUACUAUGAACCAUCAAAUUAACAUUGUCUCUCGAGUAGCGAAUGCGUGCGAAUUUUUGAAUGAUUACAAUUCUCCUGGUUUUUUGCUAAAUGCUAAAUCACCCUGUGAAACCAAUACAUUUUCUCCUUGUCAAAUAAAUCCCAACCUAUGCUUUACAACAGAUCAUUACACCUGCAUAUCUGAUAAGUCAUGCCAAUUUGAAGCUUCACACAAACCCCAUGAAGCGAAAGAAAAUCAGAGUCGUGAAACCAUUAUAUUUAUAAGAGACGUUGGUUGCCAGUUCAGAAACAAAGAUUAUUCUCCCAAAGAUUCUGCAGUGCAUUCAAAAGGUUCAAGUAAAUCAUUUGAUUUUCUUGACGUUAAAAUGGGUAAUUAUUACACAAACAUUCAUACCAUGAGAUAUGAAGAUAAGCAUACAAGUCCUUUAUCUGGAGAGGAUUACUCCUUCACAACUAUCUCUAGUUCAUUAGAUCUUGAAUCGGAAUGUCCAUCUCACGGCCGGCACCACGUGGGACCCAACCACCAUCGUAGGACAGGGUUUAUACCCAAAUCGGCUUAUGUCACAGCAUUCUCAUCCGUCCCAGAAAGCCAAUCAUCUAAGUAUGAAGCCGAUAAUAAAUUGGAUGGAGUCAAAUCUCGUAGAAAUUUUUUAAAAGGCAAAUAUAGAAAAAUGUUUUCUGUAAAACGGAGGAGGAAAUCUAAAAGUGGUAAUCAUACUAAUAAUAUACCUAUUAUGGUUCAAAAUGGUUAG